CAAAAAGGUCAGCCUGGGAGCAGUCUCGUUUGGGACAGCCGCUCUGAGGAAAUGCAGUAAGGAGCAGGCAGAAAGUCCUGGAGCACAGGGUGACUCAUGGGAGGAGUUAGUUCAGCUUGCUAAGUACUGUCAUUUGCUGAGUGCAGGUGUGUGCGCAAGAAGGAGUUGUAACCUGGAGGAUCAUUAACUCUUUCAGUCAGCUGGCGACUCCGGUGGCUCGGCAAAUUCCUCCUGGAAGCUCCUGCUCUGGGAAGGUCAGGGAGGAGGAGUGGAAGCACUUGUCUAUGGGGGACCACUUUGAGAAGGGCCAGCAUGCUUUGCUCAACGAAGGAGAAGAGAAUGAGAUGGAGAUAUUUGGCUACAAGACUCACGGCUGCCGGAAAACCCUCUGCCUUGCUGGAUCCAUCUUCUCAUUUGGGAUCCUCCCCUUGGUGUUUUAUUGGAAACCUGCUUGGCAUGUGUGGGCAAAUUGUGUCCCGUGCUCCUUGCAAGAAGCAGACAUCGUGUUGCUAAGGACAACAGAUGAAUUCCAAACCUAUUCUCGGAAAAAGGUAAUGUGGAUCUACCUGUCAGCAUUAAACAGCGCAUUUGGUCUCACUCCUGACCACCCUCUCAUUACAGAUGAGGAGUGUCUCAUAAAUAGAGCUAUAAGAAAGCCAGAACUAAAGGUGAGAUACAUAAAAGUGCAGAAAAUAAGAUAUGUUUGGAACAACUUAGAAGGACAGUUCCAGAAAAUUGGCUCUUUGGAAGACUGGCUCAGCUCUGCCAAGAUACAUCUAAAAUUUGGAUCAGGUCUAACAAGAGAAGAACAAGAGAUUAGGAGGUUAAUAUGUGGGCCUAAUACUAUUGAUGUUGAAAUCACACCGAUUUGGAAACUGCUCAUCAAAGAGGUUUUAAAUCCGUUUUACAUAUUUCAACUCUUCAGUGUUUGUUUGUGGUUUAGUGAAGACUAUAAGGAAUAUGCUUUUGCCAUCAUAAUUAUGUCCACCCUUUCCAUAGCUUUGACAGUAUAUGAUCUCAGAACGCAAUCUGUAAAGCUCUACCAUCUAGUUGAGUCACAUAAUAACAUUACAGUCCCUGUAUGUGGGAGAAAAGCUGGAGUCGAAGAGCUGGAAUCACGCUUUCUCGUCCCCGGAGAUCUAUUAAUUUUGACAGGGAACAGAGUGCAAAUGCCAUGUGAUGCCAUUCUGCUUGACGGCAGCUGUGUGGUGAAUGAAGGCAUGCUGACAGGAGAAAGUAUCCCAGUCACUAAGACUCCAUUACCUAAGGUGGAUGGCUCUGUGCCCUGGAAAACACAGAGUGAAGCGGAUUACAAACGGCACAUCCUCUUCUGUGGCACAGAGGUUAUCCAGGCCAAGGGCGCUUGCUCCAGGACUGUGAGAGCCGUGGUACUGCAGACUGGAUUCAACACUGCAAAGGGGGACCUCGUGAGAUCCAUCUUGUAUCCCAAGCCAAUGAACUUCAAGCUCUACAGGGAUGCCAUCAGGUUCCUCCUGUGCCUCGUAGCGACCGCCACCAUUGGGAUGAUCUAUACUUUAUGUGUCUACGUGCUCAGCGGGGAAGCUCCCGGGGAGGUGGUGAGGAAAGCCCUGGAUGUCAUCACAAUUGCAGUUCCUCCUGCUCUACCUGCCGCCCUGACCACAGGCAUUAUCUAUGCCCAGAAGAGGCUAAAGAAGAGAGGCAUCUUUUGCAUCAGUCCCCAGAGGAUCAAUGUAUGUGGGCAAUUAAACCUUGUCUGCUUUGACAAGACAGGCACCUUGACAAGGGAGGGCUUGGAUGUCUGGGGAGUCGUGCCCUGCGGUAAGAAUGGCUUCCAGGAGGUCCACAGCUUUGCCUCGGGCAGGGCUUUGCCAUGGGGCCCACUGUGUGCAGCCAUGGCCAGCUGCCACUCUCUGAUCCUUCUCGAUGAGACCAUCCAGGGAGACCCUCUGGACCUCAAAAUGUUUGAAGCCACCAACUGGGAAAUGGCUAUUUCUGGGGACAAUUUCCACAUCAAGGAAGUGCCGGCACACGCCAUGGUAGUUAAGCCCAGCAAAACAGCCAGCCAGGUCCCAGUGGAAGGAAUUGCAAUCCUGCAUCAGUUCCCAUUCUCAUCAGCCCUACAGAGGAUGACAGUCAUUGUCCAAGAGAUGGGGGGUGACCGGUUGGCAUUCAUGAAAGGUGCACCAGAGAAGGUGGCCAGCUUUUGUCAACCUGAGACAGUGCCAGCUAGUUUUGUUAGUGAACUUCAGAUUUACACAACACAGGGCUUCCGGGUCAUAGCACUGGCCUACAAAAAGCUGGAAAUGGACCACCACACCACUGCCUUGACGAGGGACAAGGUAGAAGCAGACCUGAUAUUUCUGGGAUUGCUGAUCUUGGAGAAUCGAUUGAAGGAAGAGACAAAACCUGUCCUGGAAGAGCUCAUCUCAGCCCGGAUAAGGACAGUAAUGAUCACAGGUGACAAUCUUCAGACUGCAAUAACAGUGGCCAGAAAUUCUGGAAUGGUUUCCGAAGGCCAGAAAGUCAUUCUCAUUGAAGCGAGUGAAAGUACUGGGUCCUCAUCAGCAUCCAUAUCUUGGAAAUUAGUAGAAGAGAAGAAACCCAUUGCAUAUGGGAAUCAGGACAAUUACAUUAACAUCAGGGAAGAAGUCUCUGAAAAUAGCAGAGAAGAAAGUUACCAUUUUGCCCUAAGUGGAAAAUCCUUUCAGGUUAUAAGUCAACAUUUCAGCAGCCUAUUGCCAAAGAUAUUGAUGAAUGGGACCAUCUUUGCAAGAAUGUCUCCUGGGCAGAAAUCCAGUCUGGUGGAAGAAUUUCAGAAACUGGAUUACUUUGUAGGUAUGUGCGGCGAUGGAGCCAAUGACUGUGGGGCUUUGAAAAUGGCUCACGUGGGCAUCUCUUUAUCAGAGCACGAGGCAUCUGUGGCCUCACCUUUCACUUCCAAAACUCCAAACAUUGCGUGUGUACCUCAACUUAUCAAGGAAGGACGUGCCGCCUUCGUUACCUCAUUUUGCAUGUUUAAGUACAUGGCUCUGUACAGCAUGAUUCAGUAUGUUGGUGUUCUGCUGCUCUACUGGGAGACCAACAGCCUGUCAAAUUACCAGUUUCUGUUCCAGGAUCUGGCCAUUACAACUCUUAUUGGUGCAACAAUGAAUUUGAAUGGUGCCUACCCCAAGCUAGUGCCUUUCAGACCUGUGGGAAGGCUGAUCUCCCCGCCUUUGCUGCUCUCUGUGAUUUUCAACAUACUUCUCAGCCUGGCCAUGCAGACUGUGGGCUUCAUUCUGGUUCAGAGGCAGCCUUGGUACAACAUGGGGAUGCACAGUGCCUGCACAGUGCAAAAUAAAAGCAUUUCAAAUUUAACCAUGCCACCAACUGCUCCAGGAAAAGUUGAAAGUAACGAUGGCUUCCCAAGUUUUGAGAACACAACUAUAUGGUUCUUGGGAACAAUCAACUGCAUUAUUGUGGCUCUUAUCUUCUCUAAAGGAAAACCAUUCAGGCAGCAGACCUAUAAAAACUAUAUAUUUGUCCUUGUGCUGAUUGUACAGCUGGCUGUGUGUCUAUUCAUCCUAUUUGCUGAUAUUCCAGAUUUAUAUAGGCGUUUGGAUUUGCUCUGCACUCCUGUCCUGUGGAGGGUCUGCAUUGUCAUUAUGCUCAGCUGCAAUUUCAUCGUGUCCCUUAUUGUGGAGGAGGUGUUUGGUUACCAGACCCAGAGUCUUCGCAGAGCCAUCUGCCUUGUAGCAUCGGUGCUGACGUGUGGGGUCCUUAUGCUGGUGUUGUACUGGAGGCCCCAGUGGAGAGUGUGGGCCACUUGCAUCCCGUGCCCCUUGCAAGAAGCAGAUACUGUUCUGCUAAGGACAACUGAUGAAUUUCAAAGAUAUAUCAGGAAGAAAGUGAUCUGCCUCUACUUAUCCACACUGAAGUUUCCUAUAAGCAAGAACCCGGAAGAGCCCCUUGUAGCUGAUCGCCACUCUGUCAUAAACCAUGCCAUAUUGAAACCAGAAUUAAAACUACGAUGUAUCCAAGUGCAGAAAAUUAGGUAUGUUUGGGACAACUUGGAAAAGAGAUUUCAGAAAGUGGGGUUGCUGGAAGACAGCCACUCCUGCUAUGACAUCCAUCAUAUGUUCGGCCUGGGUCUGACCCAUGAAGAGCGGGAGGUCAGGAGACUCGUGUGUGGGCCCAAUGCCAUUGAGGUGGAGAUUCAACCCAUAUGGAAGCUGCUUAUUAAACAGGUUUUAAAUCCAUUUUAUGUGUUCCAAGCCUUUACCUUGACUUUGUGGAUGUCUCAAGGUUACAUAGAAUACUCUGUCGCCAUCAUCAUCUUGUCUGUUAUCUCCAUUGUCUUAACUGUGUAUGAUUUGCGACAGCAAUCAGUUAAGCUGCACAACCUUGUGGAGGAUCACAACAAAGUCCAGGUUACAAUCACCGUAAAAGGCAAAGGAAGGAGUGUGCUGCAGGGGGUCAGGAACUCAGCCAAGGAGGGUGAGCAGGAGCUGGAAUCCUGCCUCUUGGUUCCUGGAGAUGCCCUCAUUCUACCAGGAAAAUGCUCAUUGCCAUGUGAUGCUCUUCUGAUUGACGGGAGCUGUGUGGUGAACGAAAGCAUGCUCACAGGAGAAAGUAUACCCGUUACAAAGACGCCAUUGCCCCACAUGGAGAAUACAAUGCCCUGGAAAUCCCACAGCUCAGAGGACUAUCGGAAACAUGUUCUUUUCUGUGGCACAGAAGUGAUCCAGGUCAAGCCCACUGAGCAGGGGCCAGUAAGAGCAGUUGUUUUGCGAACAGGUUACAAUACAGCCAAAGGGGACUUGGUGAGAUCCAUCCUUUACCCCCGGCCUCUGAACUUCAAACUCUACAGUGGUGCCUUCAAGUUCAUAGUGUUCCUGUCCUGUAUUGGAGUUGUGGGUUUUUUCUAUGCCCUUGGUGUGUAUAUGUAUCACAGAGUCUCACCAAGACAUACCGUAGCCAUGGCCCUGCUCCUCUUCACCGGAACUGUCCCUCCAGUGCUGCCAGCUGCCCUGACCACAGGCAUCAUGUAUGCACAAAAGAGGCUGAAGAAAAAGAAAAUCUUCUGUAUCUCCCCACAGAGAAUCAAUAUGUGCGGACAAAUAAACCUCGUGUGCUUUGACAAAACUGGCACUCUUACAGAGGAUGGGCUGGACCUCUGGGGAACUGUCCCCACUGCUGACAACUGUUUCCAGGAAGUCCACAGCUUUACCUCAGGCAAGGCUCUGCCCUGGGGCCCACUGUGUGCCGCCAUGGCCAGCUGCCACUCUCUGAUCCUCCUGGAUGGGACCAUCCAGGGAGACCCUCUGGACCUCAAGAUGUUUGAGGGCACCAACUGGAUAAUGGAAGAUUGCAAUGUAGACUACUGCAAAUUUAGGAUGUCAGACUCAAACAUAAUCAUAAAACCAGGACCGAAAGCCAGUCGGAGUCCUGUGGAAGCUAUCACCAUCUUGCGCCAGUUUCCAUUCUCGUCAAGCCUGCAGAGGAUGUCUGUGGUUGCUGGGCUAGCAGGUGAGGAUCACUUCCAUGUCUACAUGAAGGGCGCCCCCGAGAUGUUGGUCAAGUUCUGCAGAUCCGAAACAGUGCCCAGGAACUUCCCACAGGAACUGGGGAAUUACACAAUGCAAGGCUUCCGUGUCAUUGCCCUUGCCCAUAAAACCUUGAGCCUGGGAAAGCUUUCAGAAGUGGACAGUUUGUCCAGAGAGAAGGUGGAGUCAGAGUUAACAUUUCUGGGACUUCUUAUAAUGGAGAAUCGCUUGAAAAAGGAAACCAAACCUGUCUUGAAGGAACUGAGAGAGGCCUGCAUCAGGACUGUGAUGAUUACCGGUGACAACCUGCAAACAGCCAUUACUGUUGCAAAAAACUCCGAAAUGAUUCCUCAAGGGAACCAAGUGAUCCUCGUUGAGGCCAAUGAACCAGAAGAGUUUGUUCCUGCCUCUGUGACCUGGCAGCUGGUUGAAAACCAAGAGAAUGGACCUGGGCAGAAUGAAACCUACAUUAACAUUGGAAACAGUUCAGUGCUUCCUGAAGAACAAGGGAACCGUUAUCAUUUUGCAAUGAGUGGGAAAUCAUACAAAGUGCUAUUUCAGCAUUUCAGCAGCUUGCUUCCAAAAAUUCUGGUGAAUGGAACCAUUUUUGCAAGAAUGUCUCCUGGGCAAAAAUCAAGCCUUGUUGAAGAAUUUCAGAAAUUAAAUUAUUAUGUGGGCAUGUGUGGAGAUGGAGCCAAUGACUGUGGGGCUUUGAAAAUGGCUCAUGCGGGUAUUUCCUUGUCAGAGCAGGAGGCAUCUGUAGCCUCACCUUUCACCUCAAAAACAGCCAACAUCGAGUGUGUGCCUCAUCUCAUCAAAGAAGGCCGUGCUGCUCUGGUUUCAUCCUUUGGGGUAUUUAAAUACUUGACCAUGUAUGGAAUAAUCCAGUUUAUUGGUGCAUCACUGCUCUAUUGGCAACUGCAACUCUUUGGGAAUUACCAGUAUAUCGUGCAAGAUAUAGCCAUUACCUUGAUGGUGUGUUUAACAAUGAGUUCAACUCAUGCCUACCCAAAGCUGGCUCCAUACCGACCAGCAGGACAGCUCCUCUCUCCCCCUUUGCUGCUCUCAGUCUUGUUGAAUACCUGUUUCACCUGCAUUGUGCAUAUUUGUGCAUUUCUCUAUGUGAAGCAGCAGCCCUGGUACUGUGAGGUCUACAGAUACAGUGAGUGCUUUCUGGACAACCAAAGUAAUUUCUCAACAAAUAUGAGUUUGGAAAGAAACUGGACUGGAAAUGCAACUCUGAUUCCUGGUUCAAUUUUAAGUUUUGAGAGUACCACUCUGUGGCCCAUCGGGACCCUUAACUGUAUCACAGUAGCAUUUAUCUUUUCUAAGGGAAAGCCAUUUCGAAAACCCAUCUACACAAACUAUAUAUUCUCAUUUAUGCUGAUAACUGUCUUGGGCCUCACAGUUUUCAUCAUGUUUUCUGAUUUUCAAGCUAUAUACCGAAGAAUGGAGUUCAUCCCAACCACGACAUCAUGGAGGGUUUCAAUUUUGGUGGCAGCCCUCAUCCAGUUCUGUGUGGCCUUCUUUGUAGAGGAUGCCAUCCUUCAAAAUCGAGAGCUCUGGCUAUUGAUCAAAAAUAAAUUUGGAUUCUGUUCGAAAAGUCAAUAUAGGAACUGGCAAAGGAAGCUGGCAGAAGACCCCACCUGGCCUCCCACAAACAGGACGGACUAUUCAGGCGAUGGCCAAAAUGGGUUCUACAUCAACCGAGGCUAUGAAAGCCCUGAACAGAUCCCAAAGGGAAAGCUCCAACAGGGAGGCCAAAACACAGAACAGCAUUUUUGGACCCGACUGUAAUCAGAAUUGUUGUUGUACAUGCUUAACAGCAUCCCCUUUUCCCCAGAAACUACAGACUGUGGAGAGGUGAGGGUAGCUUACCCUUAUCUGUUCUCUCUCCAGCUGAGGACUCAAAACACAUUUCUCAGUGUACUGAGCUUUGCAACAAAGAACCUUAAUGAUGCUUAUUUUGACUGUAUCCUACCCUUUACCACUGAGGGGAAAAAAUACAUUUCCUGGAUUAUCUAUUUUUAAAAAAUAAACUUUAUUCACAUUACAUAGCAUUAUCCUGGUAAAAAAUAUACAGCUUUUCACAGUAGUGAAUAUAAUGGUAUGAACAUCAAUUUUUUAAAAAAAGGAAAAUUAAAAAAGAAUUUGAUCAUUGAAAGUUUCACAAAUAUAUUUUUAUUUUCAUCUACAGAAAUAAAGCAUUUGAAAAACACACCUUCUCUGAAUAAACUGUCACAAGUUUACUUAACCUUACCUUCACUUGCGAAGAACAUUUAUGUACAAGUAUUUUUCCAAGGUCACAAAAUUCCUUUUUGCUCCUUUUGUACAGUUGUAAGAGAGAAACAGGAAUUGACAUUUACUUAGAAAAUUCAGCUCUGACUGUGGUGACCCGGAGCUGUGUGGCAGUGGAGAAUGAUGGAGGUGUCUGUUUAUUGCAUAUAAUCUUGGCUUGGGCACAGCUAGCUUCUAAGCAAAUUCCACCAAAGACGGCAUUUCCCAAAACAUAUUGUUUUGGGGCCAAUGAGCUAUGUCCAGAGUCGAUCACAAAGGUAAUGAAAUAAACGAUUAAAAUGUACUUUUACAUUAAAGAAGCACAACACCUCUAUUUACUCUUCAUUACUGACAGGUGAAAUCCUUAAAUUGUUGUUUUUUUAACUCUAAAAUUUGGCCCGAAGUCCGUAUUACUCAUCUUAAAACGCAAUCCUAGGGGAGGGGUGGACCCAUAAUGUCUGUAUCUAUACCAUGACAAUUUUCAGGCUACUAAACAAUCUUACAUUUCAUUUCAUCUUUUCAUUAUCUAAAUCAAUGCACAUUAACAGCUACAAGAAGGGGUCCAUCCUUUACAAAUAUAUUGUGUACACUAUUCUCUUUAGUACAUAUCAACUCCACUGUGACCUGAGAGGAUAUUUAUUUCUAGUGAACAUUGUGUAUUACCUACUAGGCAUUAUUUGUAACAAUAAAUCGAAUUUUGCUAACUUCACAGAACUUCAACAGUUCAUAGGUAAUUAGGUAACCAUCCCAUUCCAUGAGUGCCAAUUAUGUGCCAAACACUGAUGUAUGCUUUCAAUAAUGUAUUUACAAUUCUGAAACCUUUAGAAGUGAAAAACAAUUUUUACAUUUCAUCAAUUUGUAAAUAGGACUAAAGGCUUUGUUACACAAACCAACAGCAUUAAUGCAAAUUUUUAUAAAAACAACCCUCUAUAUUUA